UGAACCUAAGACAGCCUGUCUGCAUCAGUUAGUAAUAUAACCGCAUGUUGGCAAUAUCUCGUCUCGCGUGACUUGAGAGAAUAUAUAUUAAUAUAUACCUUAACAUACCGUCACAUAUAGUAGAGGUAUAGCUAAGCACCACACACGCCAACGACGAUACCAAAAUAUAUAUAUCGCUGUCUGUCUAGCACCUACAUUGUGAGGGAGACUAAAUAUACCAAUUUUUUUGACGUGACAACGUCUUAUAAAUCUUAUAAUUCGAUGGAGCCGGCUGACGCACGAAAAAACAUGACUCAUGCGGCGUUACCUCGCUCUGAGGCGUUCCAUUUAAGGCUUGAAGUGCAAGCGAGAGCGCGCAACGAGCGACAAAGAGGCACAAUCGGCCUCCGCGUUCGGCAGCAAUUGUAUUUAUGCGUACAAAUAAAUGUAACUUGAUCAAUUCAAUUGUGAUUUCCAUUUACCUCCUUCUCUAUAUCCAUACAAAAUAUCUAUCAAACAAAUAAAAUUAAAAUUUUCUUUUGAAAAAUGAAACCAUUCCAUCAGUAUUUUCUUAUGACGUUGUCACGUUCAACUAUCUUCCGACUUUACAGACAACUGUUUUUUUAUGAUAGAGGAGGCAAACGAGCAGACGGAUCACCUGAUGGUAAGCGAUUACCGCCGCCCAUGGAUACCUGCAACACUAGAGGGGUUGUAAGCGCAUUGCCGGCCUUUAAGAUGGGAGUACGCUCUUUAUAAAUAUAUCGUAAUAUACCGAACUAUAUAUCGCAAGGUAUCUCAAGAUGCCUUGCUAUAAGAUAUAUUUUAGUAUAUUAUCGCUCCGUCUGUGACGCGCUUUACUGUUAGCGUAUAAUUAUAUAGGUAAGUUAUUCAUUAUGAAAUAAAUAAUAAUCAUAUUCAAUUUCCAGACACAAUGUGCGAUAAAGUUAAAGUUCAAGAGUUGGAUUCUGUUACUCAGGAGCUGAUGAAGAGUAUGUACGAAGACCAAACGUAUGCUCGUUUCGGCGAUACCGGUUAUCUGUUGCCUGCGAGCUACAAAGAUGAUGCCGACCAGACCAGACACAUGAUAGUUCGGCCUGAUGACGUAUGGCUGACCUCAUAUCCUCGAUCAGGAACAAAUUGGACACUAGAAUUGAUGUGGCUUCUCAUGAAUGACAUUGAUUUCGACGCAUCUAAGAAAACUCCAAUACACAAAAGGCGUAUACUUCUCGAAAGUAAACAUUUGCCAAACAGAGAAUACUUAGAACGUGUAGCUGUGUUUUAUGAUGAAACUGUCAACGGGCCCUCUCCACGGUUCAUCCAGACUCAUAUCGCCUUCUCUCUGCUGCCUCCGCUUUUACUGGAUACAGCCAAAGUGGUGUACAUCGCACGAGACCCGAGGGACGUCGCUGUGUCAUACUACCAUUUGCACCGACUCCUUUAUAAAUAUUCUGGUGAUUUCAAAACUUUUUGGAGUCAUUUCCUGAAUAAUUUAGUUCGUUUCACCCCGUACUUCCCGCACGUGAAAGAGGCCUGGGCGCUCAGCCACCAUCCGAAUAUGUUGUUUAUUUUUUAUGAAGACAUGAAAAAGGAUUUGCCCUCGUGUAUAAGACGGCUAGCAGAUUUCCUCAGUAAAGAAGUAACGGAUGAACAAAUGGUGAAACUUUGCGAGCACUUGGACAUUGAGAACUUCAGGAAAAAUGAGUCUGUGAAUCCGUCGUGGGUCAACAAGAUUAAUCCGGCCGCCGAGGGCUUCGUGAGAAAGGGUCUGCCGGGCGGGUGGCGUGAGUACUUUGACGAAGACAUGACGACGCAGGCGCAGCGCUGGGUGGACGACAACCUCGUCGGCUCCGACCUGCGCUUCCCUGCCCAUACGUUCUAGUCGCCGGUGGCCUUUUGUCCGGGUCUGCCUUAAACGUAGUCUGACUAAUUCGCGUUAUGACAAAACUUCAUUUGAAAUUCGCUAUUCGUCUAAAUCGCUAUUGACCUAUUACUUAUAUUACCUAUUUCGCAAUAUGUCCCAAACGCAGUAAGCCUAAGUAGCUGUUUGUCCAUUUCGCUAUACGCCUAAUUACCAGUGAGUAGCUCGAUCUACCCCUAAACGCGUUUGUUCCGCGUAGCGAAAUUCCUAGUCGCCCCCCAAAGUGUAAUGUUUUCAGGGAAGUCACAAUUAGUCAGGUUAAUAGUUAGGUAGGUUAGGUUCGUUAGGUAGCUUCAGAUGCCCGGAGGGCAAACUACCCAGAAAUAGGAGCCCCGCUUUGCGGGGCUCCGUCUAGUUACGUUUAUGAGGAAAUGUUCU